UUAAAAAACCGUUGGAACAACCUGAAGAUCUUGUACACUUUUUGGAAAUCACUCUUGAACAAUACUGGGCUUGGGUGGAAUGCAGAAUUAGGAACAGUUUCAGCAAGUCAAGAAUUUUGGGAAGAGGCCACUAAGGGACAAAAUCAGAGAGAGAAGAAGGCGUUGCGUUAUGGUCCACCAAAUAACCUCAAAGAAAUGGAGUUUAUGUUUGAGAGGAGUCAUGUAUCCGGUCUGUCUGCAUGCAUCCCAGGUGAAGAAGGCACUGGCAGCCACAUAAAUGUUGAUGAUGAGGAUGCGGAAGGUAUGGAGGAAGACAUUGCACCCAUGAUGGCUGCUAGGACGCAGCAGAAGCGGAAGGGAAAUUCUAGUAGCCCAACGAAGAUUAGCCCAAGGAAGAAGGGGAAGAAUCCUAUGGUUAGGGUCAUGUCACGCAUGGUGGAUGAUGUCAUUAGCUCUAACUCAGUAACCUCAAAAGCAUUGACUGGUGACUACACUCAUCAGGCAAUUAGAGAGGUGAUGAAUUUGGCAAAAGAAGCACGAGCAGUUGAAGGGAGUGAUGAGCAUUUCAUGGCUACAAAACUGUUUGUGAAAGCUGGAAAUCGUGAAAUAUUUCUCACUUUUGAGACAAAUGAAGGGAGGCUCAAUUGGCUCAAGAGAUGCUAUGAAGAAAGGAAGAAAUAA